AUGAAGCUCUUCUACGUCCUCGCACUCGUAACAGCUACUGCCCUCGCGGCACCCACUGAGGUGGAGAGCUCGCAGGUUCUUGGCAAACGCGAAUGCCCUGCCCCCAUUACUGCGCUGGCGGCAGCGCCUUCCUCAACUGCGCUGCAUCAAAGUGUCUCUGUGACGCAUACAACCACUGUUACUGUGACUGCCACUGCCACUACGGCUAACUCCACAUCCCUCCUGUGGGCGGCCUCUCGCUGCCAAAUCGGAGAAAGGGAGCUGUGUGUCGGAGGAGAGGAGGAAGUAAGGAGCGAGCGCGGGCAAUCCCAAGCUGCUAUCAAUGUGUCUCUGCUAAAGUAG